CGUGGGCGGGGCCUUCGGCAAGGCCUGCGGGGGCGGGGCGGAGCCGGCCCGAGUGGGACCCCGGAGACCGCGGCUCCGCGGAGAGGGCGAGGACUUCGCAGCCACGCCUCGGAGGCAGCGUCCGGGCCCAGGCAGGAUUAUUCAAGACAGAAGUGUAGCCAUUUUCAACAAGGAUCAACGAUCAAAAUUGUUCUUUUUAAAAAGGGGUUUCCAAGUUAAACAUGAAAGGAAAAUACUGGAAUCAUGUGGAUUCUGACAGGAUAAAGAAUACAGCAUUUCACAGUUACUUGUAAUGGAACCUUUGUAAGAUUCACCACUUGUCAUGCACCCAACUGGGAACAUGGAUGUUGGUUUUUCUCGUUCUGCUGCUCAGACACUGUCAAGAAGCCACUGCAAAAACAUCAAACAAAAAAUUUCUCAGUGGGAAGGAAGGGCUAAUGGUGUAUCUAACCCAGAAAAGUGGCAUCCAAAGGACUUUGGAGUGAGAUAUAAUAACUGUCACCAAGAGAUUCUUCCUAAGAAAAAUCCUCUUGCUGAGGGAAAGAGCAAAAAGUUGGAUGUAACCAGCUCUCAAAAUGUGAGUCUAGGUAUAAAUGAAAAUGCCAAAAGCUGUGAUCGAAAUGAGGAUGAGAGUGAGAAACAUAAAUAUGAUGAUACCUGCUUCUUUAAAAAUGAAUCAGAAUCCAGUUGGGUGUGUUCUCAGGUCAAACAAAUUGAAAGUUGUAAAGAAGUUAUUUUAGAUCCAGAGACUUCAUUACCUCCAGGAAACUUCUAUACCUCACAAAUAUUGUGGAAGAAAAUAGAAGCACUUCCCCCAGAUAAAGUCUUAAAUUUGGCUUUAGAACAUUGUGACUCUUCAGAAAAAGAACUGAAUUUCAGAGUUCUGGAUAGUUCAUAUGGAAUUACUAAGAGCUUAGAAAAUAUUUACUCUGAACCUGAGGGGCACGAAUGUGGACUUUCUAUAAAUCCUUUGCCAAAACCUCGUAGGACAUUCAGAUAUUUAUCUGAAUCUAUUGGUGUUAUGCCAUAUAAAGAAAGAAACUGUGACAAAAGAUACUGUGAAAAUAAUUUUUGUGCAGAAUCUUCUUUGGCUUCUUCCCAGGAACCUGAACCAAAGAAAUAUGGUGGAAAAAUUAGAGGAAGAUCUAAGAGGAAAUCCUUUGAGUUUGAGGAUAUUCAGCACUUUCGAAGUCGGAACUCACAGAAGAUUCAUGAAGAACUUGGAAGAAAUUCUGGUUCAGCACUUUAUUACACACAAUCUGAGGACAACAUCUAUGAGGAUAUCAUGUAUCCCACCAAAGAAAAUCCAUAUGAAGAUAUUCCAGUGCAGCCUUUACCCAUGUGGAGAUCUCCUUCAGCAUGGAAGUUACCACCCACUAAAAGUGCUUUCAGGGCACCCAAGCUUCCUCCCAAACCUCAGUUCCUUCACCGGAAGACUAUGGAAGUGAAACACUCACAGGCUUAUUUAUGGUCAAAGCUCACGAAGGAUACCACUUUGCCUGUCACUUUAACUGAAUGGAAGCUUUUCCGAGCUGAUGAAGUUGCAAACAGGAAAAGGAAAAAUCUUCCAAGGCUUGUAUUGAAAAUAGAUGACAUAUUUGAAUCUAAGAGAGGGAAGAAGAGGGUAAAGUUACACCCUUACACUGGAAAAGAAGUAGUACCUCCUGCAAAAGGUGAAACCAGUGGGAACGAAAGUGAUGCCGAGUAUCUGCCAAAGAAUCGCCACAAGCGCUUAGCACAACUGCAGCAGUCUUCUAAGAGGAAUCCUCACUAUCAGACCUUGGAGCGGGAUCUUAUUGAAUUACAAGAGCAGCAGCUGUUUGAACUCUUUGUGGUGGUAUCUCUACAGAAGAAACCAUCAGGAAUAAGCUAUAUUCCCCAAAUCAUACAACAAUUCCCUAGCAAGGGUGAUCAUGGCUAUAAGCAAUCCAAAGACACUGAAGAGAGGCUCAAAGUUAUCCCAAAAUUUUGUUUUCCUGACUCAAAGGACUGGGUGCCAGCCUCAGAACUCAAGAGUGAAACGUUCUCCUUUGUCUUGACUGGUGAAGAUGGAAGCCGGUGGUUUGGUUACUGUAAGAAGCUCUUGCCAGAAGGCAAAGGAAAGCGACUCCCUGAGGUAUACUGCAUGGUUAGUCGCCUGGGCUGCUUCAAUCUUUUUUCAAAGAUUCUGGAUGAAGUAGAGAAGAGAAGAGAAAUGUCUCCAGCUCUUGUUUACCCAUUCAUGCAAAGUGUCAUGGAAGCUCCCUUCCCAGCCCCUGGACGCACCAUCACAGUUAAGAGCUACCUUCCUGGGGCUGGAGAUGGGUCAAUUGAACUCUGCCGACCACUAGAUUCCCGAUUGGAACAUGUUGAUUUUGAAUGUCUCUUUAAGUGCCUGAGUGUGUGUCACCUCAUCCGAGUCUGUGCCUCUCUCCUCUUGGAGCGGAGGGUAAUCUUUGUUGCCAACAGCUUAAGUACUCUGUCAAAGUGUGGCCAUGCCGUGGUAGCCACACUGUAUCCAUUCACCUGGCAGCAUACCUACAUCCCAGUCCUGCCAGCAUCUAUGAUCGACAUUGUGUGCUCACCUACUCCAUUCCUUAUUGGAAUCCUAUCUUGCUCCUUACCACAGCUCCAGGACCUACCCAUUGAAGAGGUGCUGAUAGUUGAUCUCUGUGCAGACAAGUUCUUACAGGAGGUAUCUGAUGAGGAUGAAAUUUUACCACCUAAACUACAAGCUGCCCUAGUGCAGAUUUUGGAAGAACGAAAUGAAAUCUUGGCUCAGGAGCAGAAUUUUUCACAAGCAGAUGUGACACUCAACUCUCUGGUGUCCGAAGCAUUUGUCAGGUUUUUUGUAGAGCUCGUGGGACAUUAUUCUUUAAAUAUGACUGUCACUGAGCGUGGGGAGCGUGUAUUCCAAAGAGAGCCAUUCCGUAAGUCCCAUACCUCCCGAAGUGUACGCCAUUUCCUAAAUCUCUUCAUGGAGACUCAGAUGUUUGCAGGAUUCAUCCAGGACCGAGAGCUUCGGAAAAGUGGGGUUAAAGGUUUGUUUGAGGUCCGGGCCCUCCAGUAUUUGGAAACAAUUCCUGAGUCUGAGCCCAGUGGGGUGAAUAGAAUUUUGCGGAGUCUUGGAAGUAAAAUGAAAUUUCUACAGAAGAAAUGAAAUCUUUGAUUGACUGUCCUCAUCCUAAUUAGAAAAGAAAGUGCCAAAGAAAAUAUUUUUCUGAGGGUCAUGAUACCCUGAAGUAUUCUACAAAAUUCUUGAAAUUUUAAAAGGUUGAAGAUCGAGUCAGGCUGUUGGAGGAGGAUUACUCCUGUUGCUGCUGUAGUAAUCACUGGAGAAUUGUUGGGAGUAGUCUGGAACCAACGCUCUCUUUACUUUGCCUCCAGUUUUUUUAUAGUGGUCUUUUCUGUUUGAUUCUUUAGCUCAUUCUUUGUGUUUUGUGCUUAGUCUGUGACGGCAGUUGUCUUUUACAAGAGAAAUGUUUGUUGGUGUUAACAUUUAAGAAACAGCUCAAAGAGGAGAUAAUGAGAGAAAUGCUGAGUUUAAGUACUGGAGAGGCACUAUAUACAAGUGGAGAACACUAGCCUUACACACAUAAUUCUCAUCACUGAAAUACAAUGGCAGCUUUAAACCCAUGGGCUGCUUGACCUGGGCUAAGGAAUAUACUCAUCAAUAUAUCUCCAUUUUUUUUGUCUAAUAUUCUAUCUAGGGGAAUCUCACUUGUGGAAGUCCUACUUGUUAACACUGUUAUUGAGUACCUUAUAAAAGUAGACAUCUUGCAGCUUCUCCUCCACAUUGUGUGGCACUCAGGUAGCUUGUCCCUCACAUGUCAACAUUAAACUUUGUGGAAUUAUAGCUGAUAGGAUAAUGUCCUUUCAAGGGCAUGGGAACUACCUUUUUUUUUUUUUUUUUUAGUGUCCACCAUGUGCCAUACACUCUGGUACAUGUAUGUGUAUCAUCUUAUUCAAUCCUUAAAUCAACUUUACGAGGCAGAUAUUUGCAUCUCCAUUUUACUAAUGAAGAAACUGGAAUUCAAAGAGGCUAAAUAACUUGCCCUUAGUUGUACAACAGAGAUAGAACUGAAGCCAGGACUUUUCUUUUAUGAACACAGAUAAAGUUCGUUAGUCCUACAGAUGGAAAUUUGAUCUCUGUAGAAUUAUAGCUAUUUAAAAUUUUUUCUAUUAAGUGUACCAGAGCCCUUUUCAGCUCUGAGGAUAAGGGACUUUAAACUAUAGGUGCCUAGAUAAGACUUUUUAUUCCCCUAGAAUUGUUCAACUUUUUGCUCCAAAUAAAUUGAACUCAGAACCUGAACAUUUCCUGAGCAUACACAGCGUAAGAACCCAGAUCCUUAAUAUCUAAAGUAGUAGUAGUGAUUGGAAAGAGGAAUUUGUCAGUGAUGGUGUAAUUUUCAUUGAUAAAUGUUGUAGUAAAUAUCAGUUUGUUUUCUUCACCUUCUGCUGGUGGUUUUAACUGGCAUAGAAAAUAUUUAUUCAAACUUACAAAACAUUGUAAAUUGUAUUGUGAUACAAUUUAUUGACGUACAGUAUUGCAUUACAACCCAUUAAGGUAUGCAUGAAUCUGAAGCAGACACCAUUUAACACUGGUGCUGUGUAAUAUAAUUCCUACAGAUGUGGGUCCAGGUAAUAGAACCAAGCCUAUGUCUUUUUUUAAAUGUUGAUUAAGCAGCUUACCCCAGUGAGACUCCUAUCAGACAUUUCCCCAUUUGGUCUUGUCUUACCCUGCAACCCUGAGGGAACAAUUAAUAAUUAGGUGUUUAUUAAAUGGGGGUAGGAGGGUUUACUGUGGUGGAUCCUGGCUAUCCCUACGUGAGCAGACCUUUGCUUUAGGGAUGGGAGUCUUACUUUACCUACUAUCUGAAGCUGCAUCCUUUUCUUGGGUCUAUUGUGUUUUGUUUUUGUAAAGUAUUAUUAAUUCUGGACAUGUUUGUAAAAGAAUUGCUCAAGAUUUGUAUAAAAUGUUGUUUACAGAGCUUUUAAUGAAUAAACACAUAAAAAUCCCACAAA